GUACCUACACAAAUUUCUAGGAGACGAUUGACCUGAUGGGCUAGUCUGAAUAUGACUUGUCAAAAUGAACAAAUUGUAUUUUAUUUGAAGUGAUAGACAGCAUAUUCUCCUAAACCAAUCAUCAUGACGCGUAAGUGUUAUGUCUGCCAGAAAAAAGACGGUCAAGGCACACACUUUUUCAGUUUACCAAAAGACAUCGAAGUUCAAAACAAAUGGAAACAAUGGAUUUCAAAGAGACUUAAAUGUGAUAUAAAGAGUAUACCAAAGAGCGCAUUAUUGUGCUCAGAUCAUUUUAACCCUGACCACAUAAUGUCAAGGAAAUUGAAAGCUGGCUCUGUGCCAGUAGAGUCAAUUGAUCACACUCAUGAUAGCCCUAGAUCAUCAACUUCAGAUGCAAGGAAAAAACCGCAGUGGAAACCGCAACUACUGAAAGUGACACAACACCAUAGUGUCAGUAGUGUAAUACCACUAAGAACUUCUAGAAAAAGAUUUGAAAAUGCAUCAAGUUCUUCAGCUAUCUCAAGCGAAAACAAUCCAACAACUACCAAGUAA